UGAAGCAUGCAAUGAGGUACCUUUAUACCAGCAUCUAUUAUUUCUGCUUUCAUGAUGUACAGUUGGCUUCUUGCUGGACAGCAGCAUUUUAUUGUAUCUAGUAAUAGCAAAAUAGCCCAAGUCUCACUGCCCCUAAUUAAUGUUUUGGAAUGUUGUCUAGUCUUCCCUGCAUUGAUUUACAAUUUACAAGUCCACUAAAGUCUGUGUAAAAGCAUAAAGGUAUUAUAAACAGAUAGGGUUAUAGUCUCAGAAAUGUAUGAUUCACCAGAAAACAAUAGGCAUUCAUAAGCUAAACAUGGAUUACCAAAUCCAGUGUUCUACUUUAGUAAAGUAUUUUUAAGUGUCAGUAUCAAACUUCAGUUGGAUGAUCACUCCUGAAUGUAGCUUUACAUGAAAAUCCUAAUGAAGUACAGCCUAGCACUCAGCAUUCCCCUUGGGCCUCAGUGUUAAAUAUUGUUUUACUCUCUGCUUCAGAAUUUGUAUCAGCUCUUUUCAGGCAUCUGCACACACUGUACACAAAUCCCUCCAUUGAAAAUAUUCACAUAGGCAAAGAAAUCACACAGCUGUUUUGGAUGAAUUGACAAGCAAUAUCACAAUCACUUUAAAAUGGAACAAUAUAGUAUAAGCAGUUUUUAAGAGUCUGACAGAAAGAAAAUGAAAAACACCUUCUCCAGGUAUUGUUCUUCUUUACCUUGCUUCUCCUAUACAUCAUGGGCUAUGCCCCGGGAGAGUUCACCCCCCAGUGUCAUGCAUGUGAAAGUAUUAUUUCAGCUAUUCCCACCAUAAUGGUAUUAUUUCCCAUAGCUCUUACUUCUUUACUCAAGAACUCUGGAUAUAGCUGAAAAUAAUGGGAAGUGGCAAAUCAGGACCAAUGUAUAGCUAUUACUUAUACUUCACGUAAACGUUAAUAGAGCCACAGGUUUUGUUUGGCAAUAAGUGCAAAACUGUACUGUCUAACAUUAUUGAUUUGUUUUGUCUGUGAUUUAUGAGAAAAAUCAGGGACAGGGUAAAAAAUGUAAGACAAAAUUUAGAUACAUUUUACAAAAUCAGGUGCAGUCGAGAGGUAUAGUUUUCUGUAUAAAUCUUAACUUCUCUGUAUACCUCUCAGCAUCUUUGCUCAUAAAUUCUAGGCAUAGUAAAAACAAUGGGGGUAAAAUCAGGGAAAAUGUUUAAAUAUUACUCUAAUUAAGUUACACAAGUUAAUAAAGCACCAUGUUUUGCAUCAGCAUACAGUUUCUAAGCUGUAAGAAGUAUGAAACACUAAUUUCCAGCUUCACAGACUUCUCUGAAAUCCUCAGUGAUUUACCAAUAAAUCAAAAAGCAUUAUAAGGGACGGGGGAAACUGAGAAAAAGCUGUGAUUCUGUAAAAGAAGGUUUGAAAGUCAGGAAUUUAAUCCACAAGCAAACAUUUUUGUGUAAGAGAAUGUGUUUCAGGCAGUGGGGAAAAACAGAUAAAAUAAACUGGAGCAGAAGUGGAAAAAUUGUUCAUUUAUGUGCUAUAUAUAAUAGUACUUUUAUAAAUUUUAGGUAGAACACUAUAAAAUAAGAAAGUCAGUUCUGCAAAAGCAGUAACUCAUAUGCACAUUUUCUCACACUCACCCACACUCACACAAUCAUAUGCUCUUGUAAACCCAUACACACUUGGACUCAAACACAUACAGACUGUGAAGUUAAGAUUUGUCUCUUUUCUGUACAAAAUAUUGCAUUACUCAUUUUCUGCCAUAUACAUUGUAAACACACUUUGUGCUCAUAGCAUAAAAGUUGCAGGCUUAUAAAUUACUAAUAAAACAGCAGCAGCUAAUUACCGUACUACAUUGCAGUUGAUAUGUUGCCCUCUCAAGAAUCAUAUUAUGUACGAUGUCAAGGAAUACACAAAUCAGUCACUUCUCAGCUUCUGCCAAGCUUUCCACUUCCUGUAUGCACUUGUCCAUUAGUGCUGACAUCAUCUGGGUGCUUCGUACAUCUGAGAAUGUGAGAAAAUGUUAAGGAAAAGAUUUCUUAGCUGGUAACAGGGUCCGGGAACGGCUGAAGCUCGUGGAUGAUCGUCGCAAGGUAAUUAUUCAGUUAAAUAGUUUCUUAUAUGUAAUCCAUGGAAAAAUCAGUGUAAAAUGUUAACAAGCUUUUUUUUUCUUCCUUUGCUCUUCUCUUUACAGGAAAAAUAACAGUAUGAGCCUCGAGAGCCCAAACCAAGCAGAUUACACUGUGUAAAGCAUGUAUGACCAAUUCCAUAGAAAAAGUUAACCAAUGCAUUUGAAAUGAUAUUAAGAGUAAUCUACACACAUCUGAACCAUAGUCAUAACAUUUCUGUUUAAAUCUUUAGACCCAAAAAAAAAAAAAAAAAAACACAUACAGAUAGCACUUCCCAAACACAUACAGAAAGCACUUCCCAAAUAUGUGCUUGUCUAAUAAAAGCCAUAACAAAUGUUCUAUCUUUGAUUUAUAGCUGUAAAAGACACUAUACAUAGGGGAUUAGUUAAUUAUACAUAACAUGUUUUGUCUUGAUGUUAUUAAUGUAUUAGAGGUGUCUUAUAAAAGCUGUUAUAUGAAUAUUUAACUGUAUUUUGGCUAUAUCACGUUAAAUCAUAUAUUAAGACCCAUAAUAAUUAAGUUAUUACUAUAUUUUGGGAAAAUACCAUAGUAUUAUGAUUUAUACUAUAAGGGUAGUAGUGGUUGCUAAUAGCAGAUGAAUAAUAAUGUUUAUCUGUGAGAAAGAGAAGUUAUAUGCAGUAAUAUAAUGAUUAAUAUUAAAUUUCUGAUAUAGAUGUAAACCUUAUAUAUGCUUAACAUAAUAGAUGGAAAGAUGAGCUUACCUUGUAAAUAGAUUAUAACUGUAUAGAUUUACUAACAGUUUAAAGUCCAAAACAACAAGACAUUGUAUUAGAAAAGAAAGUCUUAUGUUCAUUUACUUUUCAGACUCUUUUUUAUUUUCAUUAGUUUUCCAUGUAGAAUUAGAUGCCAAUAUUUUAAGAAAUUAUUAGCCCAUUCCAAUUCUUCUAAUUUUUCCAAUAUUUUAUGAUUUUUAACAAAGGACAGUGCAGAAUCCAGAUCAUCAAACAUCUUGGGUCCCUCUGGAAGGAAGACUUUCAACCUCACAGGGAACAAAAGGUGUAAUAUUGCAUCAGUGGAGGGCAACAUUUUCAGCAGCUGAGACAACUAUAAUCAUAGAAGGCAUACUUCAGAACCUUGCAAUUUUGAUUUAUAUGAAUUGCUUAUGGAGAGGCAUUUGAUCUAUGACUUAUAUGAUUUUUUUAUAGUCUCUCAUCCCACAAUACCAGCUAUAAAUGGGCUACCAAAGAUCCUCAUGAUCCAGUUCUACGUCCAAUUGUGGUUUGUAGAUUGUGGAUCACAGAACCUCUUUCCAUCUUUAUUGAAAAUGAACUUAAAAAAGUUUUACCUAAAGCCAAAAUGGUACUUAAGGACAUUGACAGUUUCUUAGUUGACUUAAAGAGAACAACCAAUAAUUUGAAAGAUCUAUGAGAUCUACUUCUGUUUACAGUGGACAUCAACAGCCUCUUUAUGGUUAUUCCUAGCCAGUUUGGAAUUCAAGCCAUUAGUAACUUUUUGCAUUCUUUGGAUGCAACCACAGAUCCUCUCUGCCCCCUAUUGGAACUGGUACUUGAGAACAAUGUCUUUAUUUAUGGGCAUGAUUUUUAUUUACAAACAUGGGGAGUUGCCAUGGGCACCCCAUAUGUAAACAGUUAUUCAAAUCUAGUACUAGCCCAAUGGGAGAAAGUAAAACUGCUAUGUGAUGUGAAUCCUUGGUAUAAGCAUCUCCUUUAUUAUGGUUGUUUUACUGAAGACAUUUUUAUUUUCUGGAAAGGUGAUGCCGGACAGUAUUCUCGGUUUACAGACUAUCUGAACCACACUACUAAGUUUUUAAAAUUCCAAUUUGAUUGUUCUGAAACAGAGAUUAACUUUCUUGAUGCUAAGGUCUUGUUACAUCCUGUCAAAGGUUUGCAGACUAGCCUCCACAGAAAAUAUACCUGGAGGAACUAUUACUUGCAUAGACAGAGUAUGCAUCCCAAUCACAUCUUUAAAAAUAUCCUGAAGAACCAGGUCACUAGAAUUUCACGACUUUGUACUAAUGAUGCUGAUUUUUCAAGAGAAUUUACUGAUUUACAUCACAAUUUAAGAGCCAGAGGCUACAGAGAUAUGGAUCUCAAGCUGACUGCUGAUAUCAAUACUAUCAGAACCAACCAAGGAUGGCCAUAUUUUAGUGAAUCACUAAGUCCUGUUCCAUUUCGAGAUACUCAAACUAAGAACAUGCCCUUGAAGUGCUUGAUGACUUUCAGCAGUGAUAAUAAACAUGUCUGUGAUACUAUUAGGAAAUAUUGGCCAGUUUUAACAGCUGAUGAGAGGAUCAGAAAUAUUGUGGGGGAUCAUCCUAGCUUUUCAUUCAAGAAUAGGAAGAAUAUCAAAUGCCUCCUUUGCAAUAAAGAUGGUUUUGCUCAACAAGUGUCCUUAACUAGGCAAAGAACAUUUAGGUGCUAACAAUGCAAAGCAUGCACCUCCAUUGACAGUAGCAACACCUUCACUCAUCCAAUUUCAAAUAAAAUUUACAUGUUUAAUGUUUUUGCCAAUUGUAAUGCACAGAACUUUAUCUAUCUGGCAACUUGUACCACCCGCAAAGCUUUCUAUAUAGGCAAAAGCAAUCAGCACUUUAAAGACUGAAUUCUACACCAUCUAUGGGAUAUAAGAAAUGCUGACCCCAAUAAUGCGUUAUCUGUACAUAUUGCCACCUUCCCUGACCACAACUUUAAAUUUAAAGCUGUAGAAUGUAUGCAACAAAUGCAAAGGAAAGGCAAUAUAAUUAAUUGGUCUGAAAUUCAGGAAAUUGAGUGGAUUGUUAAUUUGAGAGCCCAUUGUUCACCAGGUCUCGAUAAUGUGGUUCCUUUAAAACCUAUAUUAAAAGCAAGGAGUUUGGUAACAUGUUGAUUAUACAGUUUGACCCCCUUUUUGAUGACUGGGUGGCUUGUUACUAGUUGAAUUAAUGGCUAGUUUUUUCUAAGUAGUUGAUUAUUUCAUUAGAAAGAGACUUCUAUUAUUUUCAAUAUAGAAAUCUGAUUCAAAAUUUUUUUAUGGCAUGAUAAGUCCCAGAGGUAUAUUUUUUUGCUUUUUAGCCUAGGUGUGUCUCAAACUAGGUGUUUGUACAUUAUUGUUUCCUUUUGAAUAAGGUAUAUAGCCAUUUUGGCUACGAACAAUCAGUUUGGCUUAUAAAGCCUCAAACAAUGGAUUUCAUGUCUGGCUGUUUAAUAGCCAGCAGUGCUAAUGAUUGGCUAUUGAGCCUUAAUAUUUAUUGUGGUUGGAAGCCUUUAAGAGACCUUUAGGAGGAUCGCUUUUCAUUUUUACGACCAUUGGAUAUAUUUUUCUAUCCGUGACUAUUUUUUUCGUCCUGAUGUUUGUUAAAAAUUUAAAUAAUUUUGU